GUCGUCGUCGUCGUCGUCGUCCGCCGCCGCCACCUCUCGUUCGCGUCGCUCCUCAUUUCGGAACGCAGCUGCCGCUGGUGGUCGAGAAAUUUUCGCGAAUCCUUCCUCGAGACACCUUCCCUUCCGCUCUCUUUCUCUCUCUCUCUCUCUCUCUUUUUUGCCGUCCUCUUUCUCCUCUCUCCUUCGACCACCACCUUUUACCCCUUCCUUGUUUCUCUCCUGUAUCUCAUCUUUGUCUUUCAUAAGCGAAGAGGUCCUAAAAAGGAAGGCCGACAGAGAGUGGAAGUUCGACGGAGAGAGUGGAGGAGGCGAGCGGUCGGGUGAGGGGGCAGGGGCGACACGAGUUGCAUGUGUGCGCGCCGCGUUCCUCCGCCUCUCCUCUCGAGACUCCCUACGAUCUUGGAGGAUCGACCAGUGCGCGUUCGGAAAAGAGUGACGGCGGAGGGUGGAACCGGCUUUGAAAAUCUCGGUGGUGUUCCGAAGUCGCGCGCGCGAGAGUGCCACGCAUCAUCGUAUCGUUCCGAAGACGGCGGCGGCGCGUCUACGCGUCGCGUCGCGAGACGCGAAAGUGUUUGGAGCGAGGAGUGAGAACAGGCGUUGAGGUAGACGAGGCCGACGACACGCCGGUAGGCGCAACAAAAGGUGUCGGUUCAGUGAGUGGAGUUCCAAAGGCGGUGGCUAUACGGAGAGGGGUCGUCGUCCUUCUCGCGCGCGCGGCCAGCUUCCAAAGUUAGGAAACUGUUGCUCCAACGCCGAAGCGGAGCGAGACUCCUCGCGCGUCGCGUCGCCCUUUGGAGAAGUUAGUUACACCUGUUACGCGCGCCUCGCUCACCGGCCGGUGAGAUCGCGGUGCCUCGCGUGGAGUUUCAGUAUAUAGCGCGGGCGCGCGAGUGCCGAGCGAAGCGCGCGCGGCGAGAGACGCGCGGUAAUCGUCACGCACCGCGUAAUCCCCGUCGUCGGCUCGCACGCACGUAAUCGCGCGAUACCCAUCGCCGGCUGCCGCGCCGGCGGGAGGACAUGGAAUUGGACGUAAUGAAGCCCGUCGUUCCCCCGCGUCGUCCCGCCUUUCGUGGCACAGCCGUGGAGCAGCCGAGGGUCGACGGGGCGUCGCGAUCUCGCGAGGGCACCGUGCGCCGCGAGAGUGUCCGCAGUAACGAUGUCUGAAUUGCGUUAUUGCGCCGUCACGACGACGUGGACGCCGUAUACGACUGCACGACGACAGAGGCGGAUUCAGCGGACGUGAAAACGCGGAAGUGGAUCGACGUAGUAUAGGUCUGGAACGGGUAGCAGAGGAGUUGAUGGGCCGUAGGAAAUGGAAGCAAUACCAGGACAACCUGUACAGCGGCACCCGCAGCAGCGAAUCACAGCCCCACCAUCGGCUUUACCCGGCGUUGUCGUCGUCCUGCAACCCGAUAGCCGGGAGCUUGGACCAGAUUGGGCCGCAGCUGCAUCCCACGUCGUUGCCGUCGACGGUGCUGACGACGGCGACGACCACGACGACGACGACGACGGCGGCGACCGGCGGUGUGGUGAAACAGGAAAGCCUACAGAGGCAUCAUCUGCAGAACCAUCACCAUCAGUCCACGCCGGUCCAGGACCAUCUGGAUCAGCAGGAGGAUUCGCGCCGUCUGAGGCUGGGCGAAGUCAAAAUCGAGACUGCCCACGACGAGGAGCCCACGGACGGUGCCGCGCGGGAGGACACCUCGGCGAGGACGACGGAUACGGCGACGUCGACGACAGCGACGGCGACGGCGGAAGUAGCGACAACGACGACGACCACCGGCAUCGCGACGACCACGUCGACAACGACAACGGCGACGGCGAUCGCCGCUGGCACGACGACGAUAGCGACGAGACGGCGACGCGGACGCCGGCAAAACGAGGGGGAGGACGUCGACGGGGAGGAGGACGGCGACGAGAACGACGAGGAGACGGGACGGGGCCAGAACGAGGCGGAGAAACGGCUCAAGCUCGACGAGGACGCCGACAGGUCGUCGGCGGUCAGCCCUCUCAGAACGGAAAACGAUCGUGCGACUCGGGAUCAUCCGACUGCCAACGCUACCGACACGGAAGGGACCAAGGAACGAACGGAGGAAGUCGCGUUGGAGCGGGCACCGGUAACGCAGGGCUUACUGAGGGUAAAGAAAGAGGAGGAGCUGCAGGAGGUGCCGGGUUCUGGUGGCGGCACCACGAUACUGACGACGCCGGCAACGGAUUCGGAAGGGACCAGGUCGGGGCUGUUAUGCCGCGACGGGAACGCGGCCGCGACGAGCGUCGCGACACCGUUUCUUCUUGGAAGACGCACGAGCCCGCCGCCGGAAGACUGGAAGCCGCUCGACAAGUGUUACUUCUGCCUCGACGGCAAGCUACCCCACGACGACCAGCCGCCCCUUAGUCCGCAGAGCGACAGUAGCAGCAGCUCGCGAUCGGCGGAGUCACCGAUGUCGGUCCAGGUGGACCCGAUGGCGGCGUCCGUGGUCGCCGCCGCCCUUAGCGGCACUUACCCCACCUUGCUGCCCCAGUGGUGCUUACCGCCGAGGGAGGCACCCCUCGUUGGGGUGCAGGCCCAUCAGGACAGCGCCGCGGCGGCCGAUCAACCGCUCGAUCUCUCGGCCAAACCCAGAAAUUCUCAGGACAACAACAUAUCUCUACUAGAGCAACAGAAAAUACCUCUGAGAAUGCCGACAGGCAUCGACCCGAAGACUAUUCUUAACUCGUGUUACCGCGCGAAACCGCGAAUGACCGGACCGGUUGUGACCGCGGCGGCGGCGGCGGCGGCGGCUGCGGCAGGCGUCGGUGGUGUUCCAGUGGUGGGUGCCGGGGGCGGCAGGAGGACUUACACCGAGGAGGAGCUGCAGGCCGCCCUUAGGGACAUCCAGAGCGGCAAGCUCGGCACGCGGAGGGCAGCGGUGAUCUACGGGAUACCGCGUAGCACUCUGCGCAACAAGGUCUACAAGCUCGCGAUGGAACGCGAAAGGGACGCGUCCCUGACUAGCACCCAUUCACACCCUCACGAGCCCGGCGCCCCAGCCACCACCACCACCACCAUCACCACCACCACCACCACCACUACUACUACUACAACACCAAAUACGACCCAAAACGCCUCCGCGACCACUCCGCCCCCGCAAGUGGACGAGUUUAACACACGGCAACUUGGUGUCCGCGAGGUUGCAAGAUUCGAGGUGGACGACAAAGAAUUAUCCGGUGCGGAAGAGGAGAAGGAAGUCGAGAAGGCCCUGUUGAAGCCUCUGCUCUCGUUGGAGGAUCUCGUAAGGUUUUCCACUCUCGAAGGGACCGGUGGCGAUUCCCUCAGGCACCUGCUGCAGCGGGGACACGAAACAGGAGCUGAAUGGCCGGGACUGGAGCACGCUAACAUUGGCCCUUACAUUCAAAAGAUGUUGGCUGCCGCUGCACCAUUAGUAGGCAUGGAUACGCGAGACUAUCGCAUACCCGAGGUGAUGAGGAAGUUGAUGAGCGAAGACAAGAGGCUGAACAAGAACGUAAACGGAGACCAAUCGCAGCCGCAUCAUCAUCAGCACCAUCCUCUCGCCGCGCAUCAGCAGACGCAGUCACAGCAGCAGCAGCAACAGCAGCGCGGGCCCAUGACGAACGACGACUUCAAUCCCAACAUCGAGGAAGAAGCCAGCGACAGCGCUCAGGGCAGAGCGAUAUUGAAGAUUCCGUCCUACAAGCCCGCCAGCACGCCGGGCUGUUCUAGCAAAAACGGCGAGCCGACUUCCGCCGCGUUCGCCCAGAGCUUCGCGGCUGCCGCCUCGAGUCCGGGUCUCCUGGAACGAGCUAGUCCAGCGUUCUCCGGCACCAGCAGCCCUACGAAUUCGCUGGUGGGUAAAGCGGUGGCCGUCAAUUUCCGCGACGUCAUCGCCAAGAGCAUCAGCGUCAAAUUCCAAGAAGGUCAGACGCCUGGCGCGGCCGGUAUAGCGGGCUGCCAAUCGGCCGGCGUUCCAUCACAGCAAAGUAUGAUGACAGACCCGAGUCCAUUCAAGAGGGGCCGUUACACACCUCCGCAACCGCCGCAACAACAGCAACAGCAGUCGCCGGCGCAUCAACAGCAAUCCAAGCAGCAGUCACAGGAUGCGAACAAAUCGAAACCUGGUACCGGCGGCAAGGGUACCAGACCUAAGCGCGGGAAAUACAGGAACUACGACAGGGACAGUCUUGUCGAAGCGGUACGCGCAGUUCAGCGCGGCGAGAUGAGCGUGCAUCGUGCUGGCAGCUUUUACGGAGUUCCGCACUCCACCCUUGAGUACAAAGUCAAGGAGCGGCAUCUCAUGAGGCCGCGCAAGAGGGACCAGAAGCAGGGACCGGAUGACAAGUCGAAGGAAACUGCGACGACGGCAGCGGCGGCGGCGGCGGCAGCGGCCGCGGCGAUGCGGCCGAGCACUGCUGGCGUCGACAAGAAGCCGCAGCUGAAGCCGCAGAAACCGUUCACACCGCCCGGUGGUAUACCCGGUCCGAACGGACUGAAAAUGCCUCCGUUCAUGGAAGGCAUGCCCCACCUGCCGUUCGGACCCUUUAACUUCUGGAACCCGACGCCCUUCAUGCCCUCCCCAUUUAUGGGUGGCGCGCCGAACGUGCCGAUCCUUCCGGAACAAUAUUUCGCGUCGCAGAGAAUGCGUGGAUUGCAAGAGCAACAACGAAACGCCACCAUAGUACAGCAGCAACACCAGCAGCAACGAGAACGGGACGGGGUUGGCGUAUCCGGAACGACAGACGCGGCCGGAACUUCGAAUUCUCGAAGCGCUUCGAUAUCGAAGGGGCCACGCGACAUGGUGGAGAGUAUCUACGAUGCACCCGGGGCGAACGGCAGUUUCCUGGACAAUCUGAUCAGAUCGAGCCUUGAGACAGGCAUUCCAAGGGACCAGCGGGCGAUAGCGGAGGCGAGAAGUCAGCAGCAGCAGCAGUCGUCAUCGUCGCAACAUCCGGAGACGAUGAGCAGCAAAACGCUGAUCGAUCAGCUCUGCAGAAACUCGAGGAGGACCCCGCUGCCGCGGAUGGCGCAAGACAGUAGCGAGGACGAGAGUUAUCGAGGACCAACGGGCAGGAUGGUGCCAGAGAGACCGGAGCGCGUGCCCACGGUCGAUCUUAGUCCCUCACCGUCGGAAAGGGGUCGCACGGAGGACGGCAGCGAUCGGCUGACGUCACCGCCGACGCCUCUGUCGAUCUCCCGAGCGGGUAGCAGGGACGAGGACAGCACUCGUGACUCGAGGAUCGAUCGCAGCAGCAGAGAGCGCGAGGUUCACAACGGCGGCCAGGAGGAUCGCGACCGGAAGCAGCCUCUGAGCCUGCAACAGCAACAGCAGCAACCACAGCUGAAUCACUACCCGGACUUACACAACCUCUACGCCGCGUCAACUGACAAAAAAAGUGCCUGUGAUAGUAAGCUUAUAGUAGAUCAUUCGAGCCAGAAGACUCAGCCGCAGCAACAACAAAAGGAAUACGCUGCCGUGAGCGGGCUGGUCGUGCAACUGCAGAGGGGCUACAACACCGCGAGCAGCAGAUCCGGCGAGCCGACUAACGCCAACAGCCGGCGGCGACGGCAGCGGCGGCGGCGGCGGCGGAGCAGCGCGGCACCGCGCUCAGCAUGGAGGACUCCGUAGAGUAGACGAAAGUCAGUAUCAGUUAUCAGUAAAGUAUACAGUUAUGAAUACAGUAAACAAAUGAAAAGAUCCAUAUACAGUAAGCCCACAUUCCCACAAGCCCAGAUCUCUUUCUCACACGCACCGCAACCUCGUGCGCCUUCUCGUUGUUGCGCGUCGCGAACGGGGCUUCCCUUCGCGCUCGGGAUCUAUUCUCCCAAUCCUCUCGUCUCCAUACCUCGUGUCGGGGCAUGGAAAAAGAGAGGGACGCGACGUAGGCGAUGGAAAACUUGUCGCGCGCGCCGAAUGAUCGAUUCGAGCGAACAGGGACGAAGGGAAUCCUCAAAUACCGUCGCCGACGCGAUAAUACCCUCGAUUAUCCCAUGACACCUUGUCCCCACCCUGAUCCCCCGCCCCCUGCCCCACCACACCACGACCACACCACUCUCUAUUCCGAUCGGAAGAAACCUCGAACGUUGCGAGGCCCAAGUCCAGUGCAAGAAGGGGGAGAACAAAAAGUGGCGAUGCAUAGAUGCUAGCACAACCAACCGUAAAACCCACUGCGAUUCCGCCAGUUAGCGCAUACCCGCCGUACGAACCCGCGUCCGGCUGGCCCACCUGGCCCGGCCAACCUGGUAUUAGGCGCGCGUGAAGGAGAAACUCUUUCGAAACUUACGGCGAAAGUACAUUUCGCACCGGAGUAUACCGAGAAACGUAACGGAUAAAAGACACACGCGACAUGUUCAUCGUGCCGAGUAUUCACACGCGACACGCUUUAGCAGACGCAAGGACCCAUUCUGACCGCGUUUCUACACGCCCGACAUUCCACGAGAUUCUCUCUCAUAUAUAUGUAUAAUAUAUACACAAGUGUCACAUACAAAAAUAUCGACACGCGCUCAGCGUACAUACAUACACACAUACACACAUCAAGUACAUAUACGCGAGUAUACAAAAAUGGGGAACAUAACGAGAUACUUAGGCGUUGCGCGCGUGCACGUUACAGCGGCGUUACAGCCGAGAUGUUCUUUACCUUCGCGGCACGGCGAUGCGAAAUCCAUUUCUUCUACGAUAGACGCGGAGACCCGGGGAUACGAUCGCGGACAGUACGAGUCCGUUAAGCGUCCCGCGACUGUCGUGGACCUGUUUAGCCCGUCGAAGGAGGCUCGGCACGCCGCGUGACGCGCAUCACGUAUGUGGCACACGCGCAACGCGAAAUGUUAGCCGUUCGAUGAUUAUUAUUACGAUUAUUAAUUACUGCAACCACUAUCAAUCGGUGGACGACGACGAAAGGUCAAACGAUGGAACAAAAAUGCCGACGCGACAGCAUAUUUUUUCCUCUGUGAGUGUAAAACUACCUAAUGCAAAAAGAAAAAAAAACUUAUUAUCUACUAUUUAAACACUACUUAACUAAGAAGCGACAUAAUUAUAUAAGGAAUAAUAUAUUAUAUAUACAUAUAUUUUUUGGUCAUUACGAACGUGUGCGAAGCGAGAACGAGCCAAGGCUUUUGUUGGCGCGCGUAGGUGACGUUUUUCUUUUUCACGAGGCGACAAUAUUUCUAAUAAAUCUCGGUUGUUUCGAGGCCAGCGUUCGACGCGUUUGAACGCGUCCCACGUUUCGGGCGUCGUGAACGCGGCAAAAUGGGAUGCAGGGAUGCAGAAAAUAUCGGCAUGCGAUCUUCGUUGUUGAGAAUUGCCUACAAAGUCGAGUGAUCUUUUCGUCGAUCCGCAAACGAUCAACGUAGUGGCUCACGUUCGGGAUGCCAUCGCGUUUGUUCGUCCAUAUCUUUUCUUACGGAUGAUUUGCGCGUAUAACGAUCAGCGUAAAGAGUGUCUAAUAUUUUGUAGUUUUAAUAUCUUUUAAAUAAGUAUAAAAUAUUUCGAGUUUUUUGACACAAAAAAAAUGAAAGGAUUUUAUUUUAGAAAUUUGCAAGUAUUAGUAACAGCAUGAAAAGGAUAUCAAGCUCUAAUUCUCUGUUUUGCAUACAAAGUUUGAAAACGGAGAUAAUUCCAUAGGCUCUUCUUUGCGAGCAAUUACGGCCACGAGGAUCGCGAUCUUUUGGCUAUGAGAUUAAAUCGCGGUCCGAAUCCAAGCAGAGCUAGAAGGAUGCGAAAGAACGCGAAAUCAGAACGUGGGAUGUAAGAGAGGAAAGGAUACUGUUGCGCGCGCGCGCACGCCGGCUCUCGUUUUUUUCUUGAAGCGCGAGACGCCCACUUUUUGAUACGAAUACAAAUUUUCUACUGCGUAGAGGGAAAGAGAGAAAAAAAAGAGAGAGAAAAAAAACAAAGUAGAAGCUGCAGUUGCAGCAGCGCGAGCGGAGGCAGUGUUGUAUCGUUUCUUCGCGCGCGCAAGAGAAAAGACUUACUAAAUCUAGGAACGUUUUAAUCUCUGUUUUCGUUUCUCAUACAUCGCGGCUCCCGCGAAAGCGAUAUAUGCAUUAGGGAACCGGCAGACUUCAUCGUGACGCGUCGGGACGGAUUUUGGACGGACGACUUCGAGACGUCCGCCGCCGGUUUUGAAGUAACGAUGACACGAAUAUCGAACGAAUGACGAACAUCGACGUUUCGAGCGGCCACACGUCUCUCUCUCUCUCUCUUUCUCACACACACAUUUGAUUUACUGUAAAUUCACGCGGUCAUGCACGUCCAAUUAUGCUCGCGAUUGUGAUACAGGAAACAUAGUCGAGAGUUUGGGCACGACAAAUUUUCCGGCUCGGCGAAGACUCUUGGAAACUCAAUGAAAGUUUGAAUUUUUACCAGUUGACAAUUACGAUAAGAGAUAAAUAAUUUCAAAUGCAAACGUCGAUACGCCGUUCUCAGUCAAAAUUUUGUCUGAUGAUUGAAUCAAGAUGAUAAUUUAACUAUUAUAGAAUAGACGUGUUUGUAAUCCAGAUUUUAAAAAUAUUUUCAAUUUCAACUACGUCUAUAUGUUGAAGAGAAUUCCAUUGAAAUCUAUAUAUAACUUCAUUUGGAAUUAAUAUAUAUUUUCUUAAGAAAUUUAAGAUAGUAUCCAAGUUAUAGAAUGAAAAGUUGAAACGUUCUUAUCUCUAUUACUUUCCCUAAUAAUUUAAUGACGUGCGCGACUGUCGGUCCUCUCUCAGUUAUAAAAUUGGCUUUUAUAGAGAGAUGAUCCGCGGUUAGUAUUAAAGGGGCGAUUUCGUCAUUUCGUUAAUGUAGCAGGCAGACCGUUGGACCAAGACGAAAUUGACGGAGACGAAAGCCGGAGUAGGAAGGAUCGGAGGCCAGACGAACGCGAGAAAACGGCGUCAAAAAAAGAAAAAGAAAAAUAAAAUAGUACUGUAGUGCGGGCCAGGAUUUCCUAUUUUUCUCGCAUAGCCGAGCGUAGUCGCGGGAAAAUGUGACGCGAAUAAAAGAAGAAAAGGAAUACAGAAAAGAGGAGGAUAUAUAGAGCAGCAGCAAGAAACGAAAAAAGGAUGAUCCACACGCACUCAUCUCAUGACUCUCUUUAAAAGUAACGACUGAAAGACUCUAGGCUGUACAUAAAGUAUAAGGCAUGUAUGUUCGGUGUUUUAAAAAUGCAAAAAUUCCUUAUUAAUGCAAAAAAAAUUAUACCUACGAAAAAAGUAAACCAUAUAGGCAAGGCUACUCUCUCGGUGUUUUUUGGAACUAAACUUAAAAUUUACCCUAUUUAAAGCAAAAAAACCGUGAAUAAUGUAACUUUAAAGGAAGCGCGCGUAAACGCGGAAACAAGUUAUUGAGUGUAAACGUUAAGGUCUCCUUAGGGUUAAAGAAAAAAAUAACAAGCUGAACAGCAACAAAGCGAAAUGCAAGCUAAUUAUGAUUGUGUGUAAACGUAAAUUUAAACCUUCCUUCGCCCUGUGUCCGCUAAGUCACUUUUUAACUGUCCACCACCACACCACCGCCUGUGUCUCUCUUCCCUUUAUACCUCACCUACUCCUCACUUCCUCGCAGACACACCUUCAUUGAAGUAUAUAAGUCACUCGGUGUGAUCUGACCUACUCGAUGCCUCGAAGUCUUUUUCUAAACGUUCACCAGGCAUUAUUAUGCGAAAAGGAGGGAAAUAUGUUUAUACACUUGUUCCGACCACUAACUCACUCAUUCCCCCACCCCCAACCCCCCUUUAUCACUCUCCAGCAACCCAAAACCUAUACCCGCGAAUUCGCAUCACUGACACACCCAGAAAUUCAAGCCCGAUACCUUUUAUCGAAAGAUUUAUCGUUAGAUGUGAAAAAAAAAGAUAUUUAUCGUGCGGAUGAUAGUAAACGUGCGUACACUAUGAUUGUCGUUAAUUCAAUUACGGUUACGAUGUUUCGUCGCGACGUUUAGUGCGGUCUAUAAUCGGCGGAUCUCAAAUCUCCACGAUCCAUCGGAUGCAACGCGGUACGUCUUUCGGUAUUUCUUUUUUUCUUCGCGAGAGAAAAGGUGAUAUACACACCAAGGGAGGAUAGAAAAGCGCGCAAGCAAAAUGUAGGACAAACGAGAUGAAUUCGCGUCCGACGUCCGCGUCGCCGAAAAUAAUUCGCCGUUGCUACGGAUACCUGUCCUCUUCACCGUAUUGGUCGUAAUUGGAUCAAAUUCUGCAAGCAGACGACGAUCAAAUUGUUGGUGGUUUUCUCUAUAUAGAAUGUGUUACCCAAUCGGUACCUGUAAUUUUACACAUAUUCACUCGCUAGUCGAAAAUUGGCCGGAAUAAGAGAGAAAGUGAUGUUAUAAAAUACAUUGGCAUUUACCAUCAAAAAUAAUUGAGAUUCGGUAAUGAACAUAAUGGGAUUGUUUUACGUUUUCUGCUUCAGAAGUCUAGUGAAAUUGAAACGUUCGAUGAGCAAGAUAAUAAUUUAAAAGACGAAUUUGUUGCUUGAGUGAUCAAAAUUUUCUUAAAAGCUCUUAAAAGUUCUGAGGUUGCAAAAAAAAAAUAACAAAAUAACGUAAUGUGCUAGUAUAAAAUUAAUCGUGCAGGGCACGCGUUAUACGUGCACGUUGUAACCAAGGAGGUGACGUUUUCGACGACGCGGACUGGAGGGCGAUACGCGCGAGGCUCGCCCUUCUUUAGGAUGGGACGAUUAGGCCGCGACGACUAGUACGAUCAACUGACGGCGUAAUUAACGAUACGUCCGCGUAACGAUCUCCCAGUGACACGUCGACGUGUUCGCCAUAACAGUUUAGACGCGCGUAUUUGCGUUACACUUCGUUCUCUCGCGGCAACGCCGAGGAUUCUCACACUGGGCGUGAUUACUUACGAAACACCGAUGAAGCGCGAUCGCCGUCCGGACCGAGCGAUCGAUGAUACGCGAGAGCGAAGGUCUUUUCGUUCCUUCGCUCGAGAAGGGAGGGAUUAUUGACGUCGACUGAGGGAGAUGUUUGUCUUAUCAUUUUGGCGACUUUCUUCGAGUAAAAUCUACAGAGGGACUCCCGGUCUCUCUCUAGGAAUUUGCUACGCGCGAUCGUCGGGGAAAGAGAUAUGAGAGAACUCGAGGCUAGGCAUGUACCGUUGUAGACGCGAUUGUUGAAGCACUGUCGAUCUUUCCGUUCUUUUCUUUUUUUUUCUCCGGGGAGAGACGGCGGGACGAAGGCGAGACGGAAGCUCCUCUCAAAUCGAAAUCGCAUCGUUGUUCUCCGUUAUUGAGAAAUCGAGUAGGUCUAGGUUUCUUUCAUGCACGCGUUUACAAUAUUCGCGCAAUGACAAUUCUCGUCCGAUUCUGAAGAACAAUUUGAUAAGAAAUUCGAUGUUUUAUGUAUAUCGUUAUCUUUCUAAAAUGCAUAGUUAUAUUCGCAGAGAAUGCAAAAGUCUUGAAAUUUUGAACGAGAAACGUGCGAAAGGUGUCUGAAAGACGUCCGAAGGAUCAGAAUGCCUUUUAGACGCCCAUCCGUUAUGCUUCUUUUUUUUUAGAUAUCUCUGUUGCGAAGUCUUUUGCUGAGAAAUCUCAUUGUCUUGGAAAUACAUGGUAAUUAUCGUACUGCGAUAGAGUAGGAAAAAAAACGCAUGCAUAAAAGAUAUCCUGACGCGUAACUUUGUUCUUUGCGAUCGGAGAAUUCAAAAGAAUCCCUUAGUUCUUCUCGGUCCGUUCGCGCUUGUACAUCCCGUCGUCCCUCCCUUCGUCGCGGGCGAUACGCUAAACAAUCCGGCGAGUGACGGAUUGAUCGAAUAUACGGGGAGGAACAGAAAUCUUUAAGAAUUAAAAGAUGAUAUAUUAUAUUAAAAUAUCUGUGAUGUAAAAAGUAACAAAAUUUUGAUGUAUAUUUUUCACAAAUUAUUGUAACCAGCUAGUGUAUAUGUAAUAAGAUUACGGAUAUAUUAUAUAUAUAUAUUAUAUAUAUAUAAAGAAAAAAGACUAUUGUAAUUACGGUGUGCGAAGACAAAGUAAAAACGAGUAAGAGAAGGCAAACCGAGAACAAACGGGACAAAACGAGCAAGUAGGGGAAAGAGAGGGGGGAAAAAGAGAGCGAGAGAAAAGAAAGAGUGAAAGAGAGCGAGAGAGCUAGAUAGAUAGGUAAAUAGGAAGAAAAGGAAGACGGAAGAAGCGUGAUCGCGAAAUUACGUUGAUCCACACCGGUGGUCAGACGGGACCAAGAUGGCGGGCAUCGCUCGGAAAGUCGGGUCCAAAGAUUCCUGUUUUUUGCGUUUUCGUUUGCACACCUUUUUAUGUUCUCGCGCGCGUGCUCUUCCCGCUUUCAUCAUCGGGCCUCGAUCGGCAGAACGAGAGGAAACUGAGGGGUUUCUCGCGUCUUUCCUUUCUCCGCUCGCCGACCUUGCGAGAGGAGAGCGGAAAGAGGUCGCGGAUCCCUUCGGCGCCCUUUCAGUUCGCGCGAAGGUAGAAUGGGAUUCGGACGCGAUUCUGGAUAAUGGAAAACUGGAAGAUUUGGUCCGAUUGGCCCUGAAACGGCUCAAUGUCAGCUACCUCACAAUACUGUCACGUUUGGUAUGGUUACAGCAAGAGACGCUCCUGUGUUACGAACGUGAGUGCAAAAGGGACAUUCGCGAUUUGCAUCCUCGAAUUUGGAACGAUUUAAUUCUUAUACCCUGUCGACAUUUUUGAUCGUUACGUUACUAUGUGCUUAUUUUUUAAUUAAUUCGUUUGUCAAUAAAAAAAUAUCUGAAAAUGUUCCCGAGAAAGGCGAUUAUUGUAAUUUAAUUAUAUUUUCUUUGAAAUAAUGAGCUUAUUUAAAACUUUGAAUUUUGAUAAAAGUAUUGCAUACAUAGUUUUACGUAAUGCGUGUCAUUUUUCAAAUGAGAGUAAAUGUGCAAAAAAAAAUGUUUGAAUACUCGUAUAUUUCAGCUCUUUCUAAAUUGCCGAACUUUUUAAGCUACGUGUGGUAAUAAAAGAGAAAUCGUACUAUAUAAAAUAAUAAGUAAUUUACUCUGGAUAUAUUGGUAUAUUGAAAUUGAGAUAUUUAAUUUCAGCAAAUGUCAGUAUUUUCAUUUUCCAGUAAUUUGAUUUGUUACGCGUUACUUUUGCCAUCGAUUCGCGGACAUCGCAAAUAGACUGUCUCGUCACCACGAUAUCGACGGACACACGGGCGUCAGCAGUCGGGGUCGUGUGAAAAUGGUCUAAACAGUUCCAAAUUGUGCCUAAGUUAUGAAGUUACGUUUUUACGACUUGCACAGUAGCACGAACGAAAAUAGAUAAGGCUAUCGUAGCAGCAAAAGGAUUUAGUUCGAGCGCGCUUGACCGGGGCGACAACAGCGAACGCGAUAGAGACAAAAGCGGUAUAUAGAGUUUCUUAUUAAAGUAAAUUAAACAAGGGUGUAUAUUACCUACACAUACGUUCCAGGGCCGUCCGGCCGCCAUCUUGCGUUCAACCUUAUGUUCCGUUUUUUCGAAUAAGUGCAAUUAGGUACACGAACAGGAUUCACACUCCCAGACACGCAUUCACUCAUUAAAUACACACAUGUACACACGCGCAUAGACACGGACGAACACACACAUAUACACAUACACAUACGCGUGCGUGCGCGAUUCUGCGCUCACGUACACGCGAGACACGUCGAGAAAAAAAAUGGAGUAAAACGAGCUGUUACGCGCUAAGUUACCGUUUUUUAAAUUCUAUUUUCAAUUCACGCGCAUUCUCGAAUGUUGGGAUUUUCGUGAUCAACGAAGAGCUGGCCUGUCAUUCAUAUAGGGAUACACAGUUUCAUGCAUACACGUGGCAAACGUACGCAUACAUGUAUACACAAAUACACACAUGUACACGAGACAUUAUGUACACGAUCAAGCGACCGACGUCGAUUCGACAAAAAAAAGGUCUUCCCUCGCGUGCGUACGGAUCUUUCCUUAAAAUUGAAGAAGCAUUUAUAUAUGUGUGUCUCAAGCAGCAAUCUAACGAAAAAGAAAACCAUUUUGUUCUUAAUCUAAAUUGCCGGUUGCGUACAUAUAUACGCAUUCCUAUUCCUCGAAGUUGUCGAGAUAACGAGGAUUGUUCCGUGUGAUUGACCUCGAGUUUUCCCUUAGAGAUAAUAUUCGCUCGCCAUCAUAAUUAGUAUUUAUUAUUAUAAAUCAGUGAUCCUUGCUAUAUUUCUUUGAAUAAUAUUGAUUAUGAUUAAUUCGCCAAAAUGAGUCAUAAAUACAGUUAUCAAUCUUAAAAACAGAAAUCCUCGAUCUUAAAAUAAUCAAGAGCGUAUCAUUAAGAAAAAAUUAUAGAUAUAUAAUAAUAUAAAAAGAAUAUCUAUCCGUUUGAAGAAGUAAAAUCUGUUUGAUUGAAAUUGAACUUUCAUUAAAGUAGACGAUUGUAAAAUUUAUUGCUUGUUUCUAUAAAAAUUUAUUGCCUGCAUGUGAAUAUGUAUAUACGUUUUUUAAGUAAUAAGAAAUAACAACAUAUUGAAACAGAGAAAUUAUAUAAACGUAGAACAUUUCUUAUAAUUUCACAAUUUUAAUACAUAGUUGUUGAUAUUUAUUUCGUUGACUAGAAAUAUUUUACGAUAGUUCAUAAAAUCUUAAAAUAUGGAAUGUUAUAUGUGAUAGAUAAAGGUAUACAGGAAUAUUAUGGAUUUCAUUGAGAACAAAAGAGGAUUUAUCAAAAAGAAUAAAUAAUUGGGAAUAUGUGGAGGAAGAUCCGCGCGUUCACGAGCCCAAGUCCACGCGAGUUCGCCUGAACCAAUAUAGCAAAUCGAAAAAGUCUCCUCCGUUGUCGGUCGAGGACUCGGUACCUUCCUGAUCGGCUUUAAUAAGCUUGCAUUCCAUAAGCUUUUUUCAGUCAUGAAAUGACUCUAAAGGCAUAAAAAAGGCUCGGCGAGCGAGCAGCAUCGUAUACGUUGAUCGACCGCACGCGUGUUGGAGACCGUAAAAAAAUUAAGGGGGGUUGGGGAGGGGGAGGAAGAAAAGAGAAACAGAGUACCGACCGAAUUGUGUUCAACUGGGCGAAUCGCCAGCGUCGUCUCGACGUCGGACGGCGGACACACGUAUCGUAGAUAGGAUAGAUAGAUAGAUAUACGACGAACAAGUCGGAAGAUUUGAACGCGAGAAUGGCAACAUGGGGAAACCGGUGCCGAGAUCUCGUCUCCGAGGGGCCGCGAAGGAGGCGAAAGCUCCUCGUAUCGCGACUGCCGUGAGUAUCCCCGAGUGCGACUCGCGACAGCUGGAAAUGAACGAGCUCUCCGCGAGAUUGUAUAUUUUCGCCCUUUCCCAUUUCGUUUUUCCGCGCUAUUUGGAUACUCCCGAGACGUCAAAGUUGAAACUCCUACUCUCCUUGUAUUUUUAAUCGGGUAAAAUGAACACGAACUAAUUCCGUUUUCCCAAAUUGCAGGAAGCAAAAUCUCGCGAAAUAGCGGGUUGAUAAUUCUUCGCGCGGUAAUUGGAUUGUAUAUAUGUCGUUGUAUGUAUACAACGACAUCCGUUAAUUUACUCGGUAUAAUCAAUCACAGGAACGGAACAAAUUGCAUAGUAUGUCGGCGUCAUUUUUCCGGCUUCUCCGCUAUUGAAGCUAAGUAUCGUGUUAAAUUAAAAUCGAUCUAUUAAUAUCUCUCAAAACAUAAUUCGCAAAAUAAUUUUUUGAUACGACUGUAAUUGGCAGUUAUUAAAAUUGUUGCGAAAUUACGAUUAUCGACAGUCGCAGAUCUCAUUCUCGCCGACAGGCCGAUCGGAGGCGAUCAUUCCCGGCACCGACUCAGCCUAGACUUUUCGACUAGUAGCGAUUAGGUAAAUGGCGCUGGUACUACGCAGCUAGCAUCGAUGGUACUCGUAGUUUGGCGCUUUGGUUGUUUAUAUAUCGUGUUCUUUUCUAUAUGCUAUCACUAUCGUCAGACCCGGCCUGAUUGCGCAAAUCGCCAAGAUCGUAAUAAGCCGAGCCCAGCAUCUUCGAGACGAGGACUUUCGACGACGAGUGCCGAUACUGUCGAAGAAGCAAAAUUGAUCUAAUAUUUUUUUUGUCACGCGACAUUACGUUUACAAAAAAAAAAAAGAAAAAAAAUAUUUGAAAAGUACAUCGUAAAAAUAUCUAAGAAACAUUCGCGAUCUUUAAACGUUCCUCAAUUUAUUUCACUAUUCGACAACUAACAAUAAGACGCGCGUGCAGGCGAAGCGCGUUUUUUAAUUAAUGAAAUCGAGUUGCAUAUCGGAAAAUCGAUCGUCGGUACUCUAAUCAAAUGUUAGUACCAAAACGUC